GGCAGGACGAAACAGAUUGUAGGAAAAGGCGUAAGCCUUUAGCAAGUAAUGAAGAUGGAGGAGUGGGAAAGGUGAUGCAAUGUUUAGAUCAGAAUGAACUACAAUCAAAGGAUGGAAAUCCACAUAAAAAUCCAAAACUUCAGGUUCAAGGUAUGGAAUUUAAAAGGACAGCUACAACAGAGGAUAAAGGUAACAUGGUGAAGAUCUUACAGAAGGAAUUGGGGGAGAAAUCGAAUGAUUUAUGUAGAACGGAGGAUGAUUCUAUCACAGCAGCUAAGGUUGUUGAGAUUCAAGUAGUGAUUAAGGAAGACAAGGAGGUUCCUGAGAUUACUCUGGAUCAAAGUACUUAG